UGCCGCCGGGUGACCAAGUCCGAUCAUCGUCCCCCUUGUCCCGCUGGCGAACCGAACCGACCAUGCUGGCGGACGGGCAGGACGCUGCGUCAGUGGAGACGCCUCCAUGCUCGACCCUCGCCGCCGCGCAGCCUAGCAAACGUGGAACAGUGUCCUCGACGUGAGGGGAGUCGACGUCCCGCUCAUCGGAUUGCUGGUGCUUCGACGAGGACAGGACUUCGUCGCGCCCCAGUCGCUGGAUGCACGCACCUAGUCGACUCGCACGUCACGAUCGCGCUCUCUCCGCCAAAGCAGGGAACACUCGCGUCCGUUGGGCGGGCAGCGCGCGGAUGCCGGCGCGGGAGGCCGGGGUGGGUGCGUCAUGGGAUCCGCGGGCGGGUGGCUGUGCGCUUCCCGCUCUGCUCUUGCUCUUAUGGUCGUCGGCCAGUGGCGUGGUGGCGUGGCGUGGUGUGGUGGUGCGAGGCCCUGCGCGCGUCCGUCGACGGCCGGCGACCCGCAUCGUCCCUUGUCACGUCACAGCGAAACUUGAACCGGGAGAUUACCAUUUUGGGCGAAAAGUUGAGAAACGACGUGUGCCAUCGCUGUCGAACGCGUUUUUCGAGAUUCUUUGUUUUGCGCCUUCGGACUACCCGGGAUGUGUACUCCCUCUCUAUUCCAGAUGAUUUGUGGCUUUACUGCUCAAUUCCUCCACUCUCUGAUUUUAUGUGCCC